AUGGGAAAUGCAAUAAAUAAACUGAUUGAGCAUUACAGCAAUGUAGAGAAGAAGAAGAAAAGCGAGUACAAAUUUGGGAAGGUGCUGGGCUGCGGGUCCUUCGGAGUCGUGCGAGAAUGCAUCAACAAACAAACGAAGGAAGUGUACGCCGUAAAAAUCAUAAAAAAGAAGAAAAAACACAAAAAAAAUUUCAACUUUGAGAAAAUGGUGAAAAAUGAAAUAAAGUACCUCUCCGUAAUGAGCCACGAAAAUAUAAUCAAGUUCAAAGACUUCUUCGAGGACAAACACAAGUUCUACAUCAUUUUGGAGAAGUGUGAGGGGGGCGAGUUGUUUUACACAGUGGUAAAAAAUAAGUGCCUACUGGAGAGUGAGUCCAUUCAGAUUAUCUGCUGCGCACUGGAAUAUUUGCACUCCAGGAACAUAAUUCACCGGGACAUUAAGGCAGAGAAUUUCCUCUUUAAAAAUAAAAACACGAAAAUCAUCAAGUUGAUAGACUUCGGAAUGGCCAAGAAGGUGAGCGGCAAACACCAGCUGGACGAGUGGACGUGA